AUGGGUGACAUGGCGCCCGAACCCGCGCGCGCGUCCGCACCGAGCGCCGCCGUGGACGCCGCGCGCGACGCUGAACAGCGCGCGCCGCGAUCGCCCGCGCCCGCGCCGUCGAGCGCGAAUGACGACGGCGUGCGACCACGGAGAUACGACAACUGGGGCGCGCGAUCCGUGGAGUGCUACGAAAAGCUCGAACAGAUCGGUGAGGGGACGUACGGACAGGUGUACAUGGCGCGAUGCAAGGAGACGAUGGACAUCGUCGCGCUGAAGAAGAUUCGCAUGGACAACGAAAAGGAAGGGUUCCCGAUCACGGCUAUUCGAGAGAUUAAAAUUCUGAAGAAGCUUCGCCACCGAAACGUAGUGGAUCUGAAGGAAAUUGUCACAUCCAAGGCGAGUGCGUCGAACGGGCACAAGGGGAGCAUUUACUUGGUGUUCGAGUACAUGGACCACGAUCUCACAGGUCUGGCGGAGCGACCCGGGAUGAAGUUUAGCGUGCCACAAAUCAAGUGCUACAUGAAACAGUUGCUCAUGGGGUUGCACUACUGCCACAACAAUAACAUCCUUCAUCGCGAUAUCAAAGGAAGCAAUCUGCUUAUUAACAACAACGGGGUGCUGAAACUGGCUGACUUUGGUCUCGCGAAGCCCAUCACGAAUGAAAACGCGCAGCCGUUGACGAACCGUGUCAUCACUUUAUGGUACCGCCCCCCCGAACUGUUGCUUGGAGCGACACAGUACGGACCAAGCGUGGAUAUGUGGAGCGCCGGUUGCAUUUUCGCCGAAUUGAUUCACGGGAAACCCAUCCUACCGGGUAAGAGCGAGAUGGAGCAGAUGGACAUAAUCUUCAAACUCUGUGGUUCGCCUACACCAGAGAACUGGCCGGACGCUGACAAGUUGCCUUACGCGAAGCACUUCACGCAAAAGAAGACAUAUCCACGCAGACUGCGCGAGGUUUUCAGUCAAUUCACCCCGAGCGCGAAGGAUUUGCUCGAGAAGUUUUUGACACUCGAUCCCGCCAAGCGCAUAUCGGCAAAGGACGCUCUCAUGCAUGACUGGUUCUGGGAAGUACCAAAGCCGUGCGAGCCCGAAGACUUGCCGCGUUACGAACCAUCGCACGAAUACCAGACGAAGAAGCGUCGCCAAGAAGCGAAGCGUGCGGAGCAACAGAACAAACGUCAACGCAUGGAUGGACACAGACCGCCGCCGCCGAUGGAUGACCAAAAGCCGGCAUCGGGUCCCGAUGUUAGGCCGAGGGGCCACGCGGGCCCACCGGGAGGUAUGCGUCCGGGUAUGCCGCCGUCGGGACGAUACGGUGCGGGAGGCAGUGCAUCGGGAUGGUCGAGCGGAGGUCAGCAAAAGCAGUCGUACGCGCAGCGCAGCAUCGGCAGACAACCGACGUCCGGGUAUGGCAGCAUAGGAGGAGGCAUGAACAGGUUAGGCGGUAGCGGUGGAAGUUACUCAAAUUUGAACAUUACCACCGGUACAAGCGGUGGCUCGUAUAGCGGUUAUCGCGGCGGGAGCAAGACCGCGGGCUGGGCUGGCGGUGGCCAAAAAGCUGGCAGCCAGAAAGCCGGAUGGGCCAACGUCUCAAAAGAUGCCAAGGACGGGGAGCGCCGUAACUGA